GGCAAACUGGAUGUAACUGUGAUCUACAACCAAUAAAUUUACAAGGGCAAACUGGAUGUAACUGUGAUCUACAACCAAUAAAUUUACAAGGGCAAACUGGAUGUAACUGUGAUCUACAACCAAUAAAUUUACAAGGGCAAACUGGAUGUAACUGUGAUCUACAACCAAUAAAUUUACAAGGGCAAACUGGAUGUAACUGUGAUCUACAACCAAUAAAUUUACAAGGGCAAACUGGAUGUAACUGUGAUCUACAACCAAUAAAUUUACAAGGGCAAACUGGAUGUAACUGUGAUCUACAACCAAUAAAUUUACAAGGGCAAACUGGAUGUAACUGUGAUCUACAACCAAUAAAUUUACAAGGGCAUACUGGAUGUAACUGUGAUCUACAACCAAUAAAUUUACAAGGGCAAACUGGAUGUAACUGUGAUCUACAACCAAUAAAUUUACAAGGGCAAACUGGAUGUAACUGUGAUCUACAACCAAUAAAUUUACAAGGGCAAACUGGAUGUAACUGA